AAUGAACGAUGAGAAAAGAAUAGUAGGAUGGAAUGAGUUAGCUGAUCAUUGUCUACGUACAUCACUUUGGGUUGUGAUAGAAGGAUAGGUGUUUGAUGUAACAACAUAUUUGGCAGAACAUCCAGGUGGUGAUGAUAUUCUUCUUAAAUAUGGUGGAUUGGAUGGUACUUAAAAAUUUCUAGAGGUGAAUCAUUCAAAUUAUGCUCGUUCCCUUAGAAAUGCUAGAUUAGUUGGAACACUUACUUCUGAUCCAUAACCAAGUGAUUACGUAAAACUUGUGAAAUCUAAAAAAUAAAAAGUAGAAAUCUGAUGAUCAACACUUAGACUAAUGUUAAUCCAAAUCGUUAAAUUACAUGGGAAGAAUUAGGAUAACAUAAUAAGAAGGAUGAUUUAUGGAUGGUUAUAGAAGGGAAAGUGUACGAUGUUACAGAUUUUUAAGAUGAUCAUCCAGGUGGUCCAGCAAUUUUAUUGGGAAAAGCAGGUGAUGAUGCAACUGCUGCAUUCCAUGAUGCAAAUCAUUCUCAAAGUGCUUAUAAGUAAUUAGAAAAAUUAUAAGUUGGUAUAAUAACAGGUAUAAAUAUGUAUAAUAAUUUAAUAGGUGUUAGACCAAAUGUAAGUGGUAGUGGUUCAAGUACAAAUGUUAUAUUUGUUAUUCUUAUGAUAUUGGCUAUUGGUGUAGGAAUAUUUAUGUUUACAAGAUGAU